AUGACAGUGAAACAUCUCAGAAACAUGCAGCGGGCACAAAUGACCGCUGCCCUGAACACGGACCCCACCGUUCUUGGGAAAUACAGAGCUGGAUUCAGUGAAUGCAUGAACGAGGUGACCCGGUUUCUGUCCACCUGUGAAGGGGUUAACACCGAGGUCAGGACCCGGCUGCUGGGUCACCUAGCAGGCUGCAUGACACAGAUCAACGCCAUGAAUUAUCCAACACAGCACCAGAUACCUGCCGGGCCUCCUCAUCCAUCCUUCAGUCAGCCAAUGGUUCAGCAAGCCAACGUUGUGCCUCUUAGCGGAGUCCCCUGCAAAAGCGGAUCUUCCUCCAACUUGACUUCUGACGCAACAAAAGUAUACGGAGGUUUCCAGCUUGUGCCGGCAACGGACGGACAGUUCGCCUUUUUGAUUCCCAACGCUGCCUUUGCUCCAAACGGUCCCGUUAUUCCAGUGUAUGCCAACAGUUCCAGCACACCGGUGCCGGUGGCCGUGUCUCCGGGAGCACCGUCCGUCACGUCAGAUUCCGUUUGGCGGCCUUGGUAGACUAGGCCUAUAGCCUACCUAUGGAAAGCAAAAAGAAAAACUCUUAAAGACUCUUAAAAGACAAAUGACACUUGUUUUCUUUGUUCAGCGUUACUUUUUGUAUGAAAAUGUGUUUUAAGAGACGAUGCACUAUAUUUGUAUAGAUCAAAAGGGAGAGAAGUUCAUAUUGAAAUAAGUUUUGUAUUGUUGAAUUCCGUUCAAUGCAUUUUUUAUAUUUGCGGUAUCUUUUCCACGUUGUGAUGCCAAAGAUAUGUCGAAUGCGCUUUCAAGUUUCUUCUUUUUGGAAGAUAAAUAAA